UUUAUUUUCCAGUCCACUAAAUCUCGUCUCGUCUCGUCUCGUCUCGUCUUCAUGGCGGCCGGCACCACCGCCCGGUCCAUGGUCUCCGCCUUGCUCCCGCUCCCCUCUCAGAGUUUCUUGGGGAGGAAUCCACGGAGGGGGAAGUGUGUCAGCACCGGGCUCUUCUUCUCCGCCGCCGCUUCUUCCUCCAGCCCCGACGAAUCUGAUUGCAAUGCCGAAGACUGUGCUCCGGAUAAGGAGGUUGGAAAGGUCAGCGUAGAAUGGUUAGCCGCUGAAAGAACAAAGGUGGUAGGGACUUUCCCACCUCGAAACAAGGGCUGGACUGGUUAUGUCGAGAAAGAUACUGCUGGACAAACAAACAUCUACUCGGUCGAGCCAGCAGUUUACGUCGCAGAUAGUGUGAUAAGUUCGGGCACUGCUGGAAUUUCAGUCGAUGGAACUGGGAAUACUGUGGCCAUAACUGCUGGUGUAGCGCUGUUUUCUAUCGCUGCAGCCUCCUUCAUACUCGUUCAAGUUGGCAAAAAUCAGCCACAAGUACCCACUGUCGACUAUGCCGGACCACCUCUCAGUUACUACAUCGACAAGUUCAAAUCAGUGUCAAUAGUUGAAGCUUCAGUACCACCAGCACCUCAAACCUCUUCUACUGCUGAAGCUUCAGCCCCCUGAACCGUCGACUGUAGAGGCUUCAACCUUGCCUGAGUCACAAAUCACGAAUGUGCUUUGUCUAAGCACAAGUGCAAGUAAUGUUUCUCGAUCAACGAUGUGACUGAAUGAGAGAGUAGUUCCUAUAGGAACUGCAAUUGCUAUUGCUUUGCUGUGAUUUGUAGCUUCUGUUAAUGAAUCUGAUUGUGCUUAUGUUUCUA